GUAACAUUACUGCCAAUCGAAAAAGUCAUCAUAAUAACAACGUAAACAAAAUAAAUAUUGAGACUAAGAUUAUGGCUGAUGCUGAUCUAGAAUUGGACAAGGAGAAUACACAAACACUGCAGCAAUCCAUUCAACACACAUUGGGCAGCCAAAAUGCCAGUGAAACAUCGAAAUCACACAUUUCGAUUGGGAGAAAAUUUGUUAUACCACAACUUAUACCUAAGAUAAACACUAACAAGCCAGCCACUGCAGAGCAAGUGGAGCACAGUCGUGCUGCGGCUGCCCACAAUGAGCUACUACUUAAUGCAAUCAAAGUUAAGCAGAGCGAAGCGAGAUAUCCAACAGUAUCCACAAAAGAUAAGACUGUUGGCCAAUUGACCAUACCCAAUCUUCUAACUGAUUCGGGAGAGUCGCUCGAAAAGCCUCGCGUCCACGUACAGUUAAGCGACAAGCUACUUAAACAGAACAAUUCAUUGGAAUUAACGCAAGUGGUUAAGGGAGUGCAGAGUCUAAAAAUUUCUACCGACGAUGGUGGUGAUAGUACCAAACUAAAGACCACACAGGAAAAGCCAACACAAGCACCGACAACAUUAAUUGAUUUAACCUCGACUCUAAUUGCUACAGUUAAAGAUGCCCCGCCACGUGAGGCGGCGACUAAGGUGCGCUGUAAGCAAGCAGCCGCUGUUGUGGAGCACUUCGAUAUUCCAUUUAUCAGCUGCGACCGUCCUUCUGUUGGCUUGCUGUCCAAGAAACGACAAAGCAGUAUAUCAGGCGAUUUGGAGCCAAUUGUAACGAGAGUUGUAGAGAAAUCAAGUGCUGUUGGUAGCAUGAUGGAUGCAACGGUAGGCUAUCCAAGACCACGGAAGCCACAACUUAAAUAUGCUGCAUCGCCCUUUGAAUUGCAAAUUUUGAAGUUGUAUAAACGGGAGGAUUACGGUACAAAUAUUAAACGGUUUCGCUUUGAUACUCCAUCACCCGAUGAGAUUGUGAAAACGGCUCUGCAAAAAUCAUUGCGCAUAUCGCGUACAUAAUCCUAGUAGUAUUUAUGCUUUAUGCCUAAGUGUACAAGUUGACAUUAAAAAUUAUUUAAUAUAUUUCCCGCGAUGAAUUCACUUAGAAUAA